GCCAGAGAAGCUUACCUGCCGCUUCCCCGCCGCCCGGUGCACCUGGCUGCAAGGGACCUCGCUGAGAGGGAGGACGGCAACAUCGCCGCAGAGUUGGAAGCGGGCGCGUGACCUCCCGUGCACCGUCUCUCCGCGGAACGUGGGGACGCUUUGGCGACUGCUCUCCGGAUUGACCCCCGCCUACAGCCAGCCAGCGAGAGGUGGGACGGCUCCGGCUCUAGUUACCGAAGCGGACGGUGCCGGCGAGCAGGGUUCGAAGAUGCCCCGCGCGUUCCUGGUGAAGAAGCCGUGCGUCUCCACGUGCAAGAGGAACUGGAGCGAGCUGCCCGACGAGGAGCGCGGCGAGAUCUACGUGCCGGUCAGCCUGGGCUUCUGCCCACUGCAGCCCUACCAGGAGCCGGAGCCAUCAGUGGCUGAACCCCCCUCUUGCCCCCUGGCUUUGGACAUGAGCCUUCGGGACCCCAGCUACAGUGUGGCCCCUGCGCCCUGUGUGGUGGCCCAGCUGCCCUCAGAAGACAUGGGCCGCCUAGCAGAUGCCCAGGGCAGAGACCAUGGUUUCCUACGCACCAAGAUGAAGGUGACCCUGGGGGAUAGUCCCAGUGGAGACCUCUUCACCUGCCAUAUCUGCCAGAAGGCCUUCACCUACCAGCGCAUGCUGAAUCGGCACAUGAAGUGUCACAAUGACGUCAAGAGGCACCUCUGCACGUACUGUGGGAAGGGCUUCAAUGACACCUUUGAUCUCAAGAGACACGUCCGCACCCACACUGGCGUGCGCCCGUACAAGUGCAGCCUGUGUGACAAGGCCUUCACGCAACGCUGCUCUCUGGAGUCUCACCUCAAGAAGAUCCACGGUGUGCAGCAGAAGUACGCCUACAAGGAGCGCCGGGCCAAGCUGUACGUGUGUGAGGAGUGUGGCUGCACAUCCGAGAGCCAGGAGGGCCACAUCCUGCACCUGAAGGAGCACCACCCUGACAGCCCGCUGCUGCGCAAGACCUCUAAGAAGGUGGCCGUGGCCCUGCAGAACACCGUCACCUCCCUGCUGCAGAGCGAACACCACCUGUGAGAGGC